UUACUUCAUCACUAGUACUAAAAAUGAUAGGAUCAAGUUACUUCAAGGUUUUGCGUACAACAACAUAUCAUACACAAAUCUUAUCACUACUUACUAUUUUCGAAAGAUAAAAGCGAUUUCAUACGCGAAUUUAAAUUUAAUUGAGUUUCCACAUUAAUGCCAAACCAAGGAAAACCAAAGACACUUUGUUUGGUCAACAAAACUAAACUACAUAUGAAAUAAUGUCACAGCAAACUCAAAUAUACACCAAUAAUUAGUCUCACGGUUGACGGUCGUGGACUUGAAAAACCAAAAAAAAAAUAUACACCAAUGAUAACCACCCAACCCCAAAAUUGCUGACCAAAAUCAAGAACCUUGAAUCCACUUUCCAAAUUUCCACAAAAAAAUCCUCAUAUGCUCAUCCCAUGUCUCUCUUUCUCAAACAAAUUCUCCUCUUUUCUCUUCUUCCACUUUCCAUUUUUUGUCUCCUCCUUCCACUUCACCACUUCCAUUACCACACACAUACUCAAACCCAUUUUCCUCACAAUCCCACUUACCCAAACCCCUUUACACCAAGAAUAGCAUACUUCAUUACUGGUACUAAAAAUGAUGGACCAAGAAUCUUUAGACUACUUCAAGCAAUAUACCAUCCAAGAAACUACUAUUUACUUCACCUUGAUCAAUUUGCUUCAAGCAAACAGAGAGUACAGCUUGCUUUGCUUGUGAGUUCUGUUGAUGUGUUUGUGGCAGCUGCUAAUGUGAAUGUUGUUGAGAAAGCUGAUGCUGUUAAUGAAGAAGGGUCUUCUGCUUUGACUUUAGUGCUUCAUGGUGCUGCUGUUUUGUUGAAAUGGAAGAUGGAUUGGGAUUGGUUUGUUAAUCUUGAUGCCUCUGAUUAUCCCCUCAUCCCUCAGGAUGAUUUUCUCCAGAUCAUGUCUUUUGUUCCGAGGAAUUUGAAUUUCAUAGAAUAUAAUCAGAACGUCAGCCCAGAGGAAUAUCAAAAGGCUGCAGAAGUUAUAGUCGACUCUCGACUCUACAUUCAGUUAAAAGGAAAGAUGUUUGUGGGUGACAAAAAAAGGGCACUUCCUAGUGCUUUUAAACUUUUUAUGGGUUCUCAACAUGUAAUUCUAAACAGGAAGUUUGUCGAGUACUCGAUCCAUGGAUGGGAAAAUUUGCCAAGAUUACUCUUGCUAUACUUCUCGAACACUAGAUCUUCUCAUAAACGAUAUUUUCAGACUCUUGCUUGCAAUGCUAAGGAGUUUUCAGACGCUGUCAUUAACUCCAACUUGCGAUUCAUUAACUCGGACAACACUGCUCGAGAUCCUUCAGACUUCGGAGCUUCAAAUUCUGAUAGACUACUUAAAAGGGAGGCUGCAUUUGUUGGAAACAUAUCAGCAGAUUCUCCCUUAUUGGACAUGAUUGAUGCACACAUUCUUCAUCGUGGUCGUGGUAUGGUCUCACCAGGUGGGUGGUGUUUAGGUAGCUCAAAUUGGUUCAGUGAUCCUUGCGAUGAAUGGGGCGAUCCCAGUGUCCUAAGACCGGGGCCAGCUGCAAAAGGACUUGAAAAGUUCCUCAUGAAAUCGAUCAAAGACAAGUCAAUCAGGUCGAGCACAUGUGACCAUCAAUGACCACUUGUGACUUCUGCUAACUCCCACUCUCUCUCUGAUUUUGUCAAGUUGUAACAUAUCGGACACUGCCACGGAAUGGAAAUUAUCAGAAACCGUGCUUCUAUAUAUCGGUCUGUUACUAAGUCAUUUCUUUCCACCCCCCUAAGCCUCGGGGGCAUAGUUACAUGAUACCCUAUGCUAUCGGGAAGUGGCCAGAUACCAGCUGGAAUAGUCAAGGUACGCACAAGCUGUCUCGAACAUCAUAGUCAUCACAAAAAAAGAAAAACUAGGUGAUUCUUCUUAGAUAUGUAAUGUAGCUGUUACCCGAUGAAAUAGUCGAGGCACAAGCCCAUUAUAAGAAAAAAGUGUGCUAGUUUAGUGCAUGUUUAUGUAUUGUCAUCCAGAUGUGUGUUGUUAAUGUUAAAUAUUAUGUAUGUUGGAAGAAACAAUUUGCUUCUGAAAUGAGAAUUAUUCACCUUCAGUUUGCAUCAA